AUGAAUUCCACACCUAUUGCCCUGAACAAGGCUGCUAUGCGGAAGUAUGAAGACCUGGAGGUACCUUGUGAAGCGAUCCUCGCAAGCUACGUAUGGGUAGAUGGAACAGGCAUAAACCUCAGAUCUAAAGACAGAACAUUCGAUUUUGUUCCUAAAAGCCAUAAAGAUCUUCCAAUUUGGUACUUUGACGGCAGUAAUACCGGGCAGGCGUCCGCUGAUAAUUCGGACACGUUUAUUUUCCCAGAAAAGAUUUACCACGAUCCGUUUCGACGAGGCAGCCACAUUAUGGUUUUGGCUGAUACAUAUGCUCAUAAUUACCAACCAACUCCAUCAAAUUACCGCAAGAACUGCGUGAUGCUCACGGAGAAGGCUGAAGUAGAGGAGCCCUGGUUUGGAUUCAAUCAGGAAUUCUUCCUGACCACCACUGACGGGCGUCCACUGGGCUGGCCCGCAGGGGGGUUCCCCGCCCCGCCUGGGCCUUACUACUGCGCAAUCGGGGCCAAUAAAAUCGUAGCCAGGGACCUCAUGGAGGCAUUUUACAGAUGUUGCCUUUACGCCGGAAUAGGUUUGAAUGGGAUAAAUCCAGGAACAACGCCAUCACAAUGGAAUUUUCAGGUCGGUCCAAACCCAGGUAUUCGGGCAGCGGACGACCUGUGGAUGGCUCGUUAUAUCUUGGCGCGCCUGGCGGAAGAGUACGGCACGGUAGCUACCUUCGAACCCCAGCCGGUACCCGAUUGGCCAGGGAAUGCCACUUUCUGCUACUUUUCUUCUAAGGACAUGAGGGAAGAGGACGGUAUUUUGGUAAUUGAACGAGCUAUAGACAAAUUGGCUCGUCGACACGGCGCUCACAUCAACGAGUACGACGCGAACAACGGGGCAGACAACGCCAGACGACUCACCGGCAAGAAUGGAAUGCCUCACAUUAGAGAUUUCACUGCAGGUGUCGCCAACCGAAGUUGCUGCGUCAGGAUUCCGAGGCAGGUCUCGGAGGACAAGAAAGGAUAUUUAGAAGAUCGUCGGCCGGCCGCUAACGCAGACCCCUAUAGAAUUAUAUCUAUUAUUCUGAGGACCUGCAUAUUCGACGAAUAAGGAACUAUUACGAUUUUAACGUAGUUCAACUUACGAUGGUUAGUGUAAGCCGAAACCCUGUGAAUAAUGGACGUUCUGUAAAUGGAACAAUUUAGAUAAAACGUUUGUUCAUAUAACAUCUGUUACCUUAUUCUGUGAUAUUUGUUUCGUUUGUAAUUAUGCAUGUACAAAUUGUCAAUGAAUGCUUUUGAUUAAAAAGAUUUGGUGCUGAA